AUGCCUGCGCCGCGACCGCAGCAGCGGGUUCUGCUCGUCGCGGCUGCCUGGAGCCUCGGCCUGCUCUGCCUCGCCGCCGCGGAAGGUGGAGGCGGCUCCUGCGAGCUCUCGGUCGAGCGCGGUGGCGCGCUCUAUAACUUCAGCCUCGCGGCGCCGACGCCGGCCCACCGCCACGGCGUCCUCAGCGAGGAUGGGUUUUACAAAGUGGCCAUGAACGAUUCAGUCAUCUGGUUCCAGCUCUGCGAUCAGAUGAUAUUCAACUUUGACCCACCUGUCUGUCUUCACUGUGAGGACUGUGGUGGUCCAUUGAGGUGUGGCACCCAAUGCAGCGCACUUGCUUCAAAUAACAUUGGAGGGUAUGAUGUUUGUACAACCAUUGGAAGGGCAUCUGGAUCCCAUAUAUCUCUAAUAGCAGAUGAAGGUAAUCCACAAAAGGGUGUCAUUGUCAAGAUGUUUUCAUCAAAGUGUUCUAUUUCUGUUUUCAUCUUUUGUGAUUCAGCUGUAGCCCAACUACCGGAUACAUUCACCCAAUCUGGAAGUUGUGAUUACGUUACGGUACUUAGACACCCUUCUGGGUGUGCAAGAUCAGUGUCUGAUGCUGGAAAUGGCUGGGGAUGGUUAGGCACUUCGUUCAUAACAAUUUUGUGCCUUCUUGGAGGAUACAUUCUGAUUGGUGCAAUCUAUAGAUAUUAUUUCCUCGGCAUUCGUUCUGUAGAGGCCAUUCCGAACCUGGAAUUUUGGAUCAGUUUGCCAUGGAGAAUUAAGAGCAUGUUUGUUCGUCCAAGAAGAAACUCAAGAAGUCAGAGCAGAGAUACUAGAGGUCCAUACACCACUGUAAACCACUGA